AUGAGCGGGGCAGCUGGCACUUCUGGUGGUUAUCCAGGCUCUGGAUACGGAGGACGAAGUGGUGGUCCGCCUACUCGUUCCUACGAAGAUCGUGCGUUCGCCAAAGAACAGAUGAUGCAGGCUGUUCGCGAGUCUUCCCAACAAGACCGCCGUGUCUAUGUUGGAAAUUUGUCAUACGAUGUCAAAUGGCAUCAUCUUAAAGAUUUCAUGAGACAGGCCGGAGAGGUUCUCUUUGCCGAUGUCUUGUUACUUCCCAAUGGAAUGUCGAAGAUUCGCUACAUCUGCGAACCAAGUUGCAUUCGAAUUAAUGGGUCUAACAUUACUUUCCUCUAUCUCAGGAUUGUGGAAUACGCAACGAGGGAGCAAGCUCAGAAUGCUGUUGCGACGCUUAGCAACCAGAACCUCAUGGGAAGACUUGUUUAUGUUCGCGAGGAUCGUGAGGCGGAACCCCGAUUCACUGGACCUCCCCACCGAGACGCCGGAGGCGCCGGCCGCGGUGGUUUUGGCGGAGGUUACGGAUCAUUUGCAAGCCGUCAAAUUUAUGUCAAUAACCUUCCAUUCAAUGUUGGCUGGCAGGAUCUGAAGGAUCUUUUCCGCCAAGCCACACAGCAAGGUACCGUUGCACGUGCUGAUGUGCAUCUCGAUCCAAAUGGACGCCCGAAAGGUUCCGGAAUAGUUGCAUUUGAGAACGUGGAGGAUGCACGCAAUGCUAUUCAACAGUUCAAUGGCUAUGAAUGGCAUGGUCGAACUCUGGAGGUACGUGAAGAUCGUUUCGCAGGUUCCACUCCAGGUGGAUUUGGGGGUCGGGGUGGUUUCGGCGGCUUCGGCGGCCGUGGUGGUUUUGGCGGUGGUCGAGGUGGGUUCGCUGGUCGUGGCGGCUAUGGCGGCUAUGGCGGAAGAGGUGGGUUUGGAGGGGGUUAUGGCGGCGGAGCUGGUGGUUUUGAUGGCGGUGCCUCCAUCCCCCCGAACCCAUUUACAGAUUUUGCAACCUACGGUGGAGAACGGAGUGCCACUAUCUACGUCCGCAAUUUGCCAUGGUCGACCUGCAACGAGGACUUAGUUGAGUUAUUUUCUACGAUCGGCAAAGUGGAACGCGCCGAAAUCCAGUACGAGGCAAAUGGCAGAUCACGCGGUACUGGUGUCGUCCAGUUUGAUACAGUUGAGAACGCAGAGACUGCAAUCAGCAAGUUUACAGGCUACCAAUACGGAGGUCGUCCUCUCGGCCUGACAUUUGUCAAGUACCUGAAUGCCAACUCCGGCGAUGCCAUAGACGCUACUGCAGACCAACCCUCCGGUAUUACCCAGGAUCAAAUCAUGUAA